AUGAGAUUCCUGAUCUUCUUUUUCCUGGCUUUUGCCCUGGUUUUCGGUGGAGCCACCACCAAUAAACCAUCCGUUGGCCUGCCAGAUGCUCUGAUUGAGAAACUGCGUCAAAUCGACCUGUCCAAGAUUUCGUUGGAUGAUCUCAAGGCCGCCGUAAUGAAAAAUUUCUCGGUUCCGGUCCCAACUACUACUGCUAAAAGCGCCGCUACAAAGCUAAAGCGAAUAGCCAAGGCC